CCGUAGUCCGUAAAUACUUGGGGUGACAGGCUCCCUCUGGAAAGACCUUUCGUCUGUCUGUCCAGCAGCAAUAGGCCUUCUGUGCUAGGGACACCUGUUACCAACAUGCCUGUUUCCUGGCAUAAGGAACUUUGUGACUGUAAAGAGAGAACUGCAGAUACUUGUAUCUGUAAUGAACGCGGUGAUGUCCUGGGAGAGGAGCGGGUGCGUUGAGGGCUGAGGGGAAAGAGAUUUCUUUCCAGAGCCACCGCUGGAGCGAAACUCGGGUGUCAUCCCAGCCUGGAAGCACCGAAUGAAUUAUAACCGAACUGUCACCCGGGGACGGCGCUUAGUUGUUAAAUGUUGAUAAGCCAGGCUCUCUUGGUAGAGCUCUUCUCUAUAUCCACCCCCUAAUCCAGGUCUCAGUUACUAAGAUUUCCUUGGCAAAAUGGUAAUGGUCAUUUUACCCUUUACUAAAUACUAUCAUAAUAACUUUGGCUUUGUAAGAACUUCAUUUAUUCAUCUUGUUAAGUUCAUGACCUUCUUUGGUUGCUUUUGUUUUCCUAUUAGCUGUCGCUGGCUGAGUUAUUUUUUCAGUUACAGGUGACUCUACCUGAAUUUUCCAACUGCAGAAUGUGGUACCUUUAAAGGUAAAUGAAAACUAAGGUUGGCAAUGAUGAGUAAACUGGAAUUAAAGGAAAGCAAGAUGCUGGAGGUUCGGUUUGUGGGAGAUGAUGACGUUCUUAAUCACAUUCUUGAUAGAGAAGGAGGAGCUAAAUUGAAAAAGGAGCGACCUCAACUUUUGGUCAACACAAAAAAAAUGCUAAAGAAGCCAGAAUAUGAUUUGGAGGAAGAUGGCCAGGAAGUCUUAAAAGAUAAGAACUAUGUGGAAGUUUUAGGACGAGAUGUUCAAGAAUCUUUGAAAAAUGGUUCUGCUGCCGUUGGUGGGAAUAAAGUUUAUUCUUUUCAGAAUAGAAAACACCCUGAAAAGAUGGCUAAAUUAGCUUCAGAACUAGCAAAAACACCAAGAAAAAAUGCAUCAUUCAGUUCGAAGAAUGAUCCUGAAAGUAUGAUAAACAUUCCUCAAUGUAGCAAGGGGCAUUCGACUUCAGAUGAAGUUCUGUUGAAGUCCAAUGAUAAAAGUGAAUUUCUGUCAACAGCACCUUGUGGUCUAAGGAAAAGAUUUAUAGUCCCAAGGUCUCAUUCUGACAGCGAAAGUGAAUAUUCCACUUCCAACUCAGAGGAUGAUGAAGAGGUUGCACAAGAAUAUGAUGAGGACACUAAUACAGUCAUAUUGAACCCAAAGAUUCAAGCUCAGAAUAGAGUAAUUUCAACUCCUGUUUGCAAAGAAACGCCUUCUAAGAAAAUGAAAAGAGAUAAAACAAGUGACUUAGUAGAAGAAUAUUUUGAAGCUCACAGCAGUUCAAAAGUUUUAACGUCUGAUAGAACACUGCAGAAACUAAAGAGAGCUAAACUGGAUCAGCAAACUUUGCAUAACUUAUUGAGCAAGGUUUCUCCUUCCUUUUCUGCUGAACUUAAACAACUAAAUCAACAACAUGAACAAUUAUUUCAUAAAUGGAUGCUACAGUUACACCUGGGGUUCAACAUUGUGCUUUAUGGUUUGGGUUCUAAGAGAGAUUUACUAGAAAGAUUUCGAGCCACCAUGCUGCAAGAUUCCAUUCAUGUUGUCAUCAAUGGUUUCUUUCCUGGAAUCAGUGUGAAAUCUAUCCUGAAUUCUAUAACAGAAGAAGUCCUCAAUCAUAUGGGUACUUUCCGCAAUAUACUGGAUCAGCUAGACUGGAUAACAAACAAAUUUAAAGAAGAUUCUUCUUUAGAACUCUUCCUUCUUAUCCACAAUUUGGAUAGCCAGAUGUUGAGAGGAGACAAAAGCCAGCAAAUUAUUGCACAAUUGUCAUCUUUACGUAACAUAUACCUUAUAGCAUCUAUUGAUCACCUCAAUGCUCCGCUCAUGUGGGAUCAUGUAAAGCAGAGUCUUUAUAACUGGCUCUGGUAUGAAACCACUACAUAUAGUCCAUAUACUGAAGAAACCUCCUAUGAGAAUUCUCUUCUGGUUAAACAGUCUGGAUCACUACCACUUAGUUCCCUAACUCACGUCUUACGAAGCCUUACCCCUAAUGCAAGGGGGAUUUUCAGGCUACUAAUAAAGUAUCAGCUGGAUAACCAGGAUAACCCUUCUUAUAUAGGACUUUCUUUUCAAGAUUUUUACCAGCAGUGUCGGGAGGCAUUCCUUGUCAAUAGUGAUCUGACACUUCGGGCCCAGUUAACUGAAUUUAGGGACCACAAGCUUAUAAAAACUAAGAAGGGAACUGAUGGAGUGGAAUAUUUAUUCAUUCCUAUCGACACUGGAACAUUGACCGAGUUCCUGGAAAAGGAAGAAGAGGAGUCUUGAAGCUGUCCUUGAUCCUGAGUAUCCUGUGGAAAGGUGGUUGUACUCCAGCUGCCACUCCUCCAGUCUAAAGUGGUGUGUUUAUUUCCAACAUCAGACUCUUUUUCCAUUGUACAAGAUUUAAAAUUGGGAGGGGGAAUGUCAUGAAUUAACCUCGAUUAGCCUGGCUAAUUAAUUACCAUCUCUAGUACUGUGCUGUUCAGUGGUUCUCAGGUUGGAGAAAAUGUGCCUUCCAUUCAUUACCUCUCUGGAGAUUCUUGCUGGAAUGAACAGUGUGCUCAGGGACUGUGUGGAACUAGAUGUUUUUUAAUUCUUUUAUACUAGAGGUGAUAUUACUCCUGAUUUUUUGAGGGCCUUUUAACACUCCAGGAGCUGAUUGUUUGCAAAUGUGCUUGUUCCAGAGUGUACAAAGACAAUGGCAUCACAUAAGUCUGCUUUAUUUGUUGUUCUGUGUGUCAGAACUGGUAAGUGAAACAAAGAAGGCUUACUGUUUCUGAAAUUGCUUAACAAAAGGUGUUAAAUUGGGGACAACUAGGUGAUCCAGCUUUUUCCUUUUGGAUAUAAGCUACAAAAGGGGGGGAGGGGUGGCGAGGGCAUGACACUAUUCAGUUGGGAUAGUGGGAAAAGUGUAAUAAGUAUAUAGGGUGUAUACCCAGCCUCGAAAGCACACGAAAAAUAAUGAAACGUGGUAUUCAGAAGUUAACAUUUGUGCCAUCACUUUCACAUACAAGUGAGAAGCCAGGCUAGAGAAAUACACUUCUGAACUACAUAUUAGUCAUUAUUUUCAAGACAACGGAAAAUAAAAACUUAAUUAUUCUUCUAUAUUGACAUUUUUUUUUUGUCUUGAAUAACAUGCAGGUGAGUAGCAUAUUAAUGGCUGGCUAACACACUGUGAGACAUUUCAUUUAUUUUCUUACAGUGACAAUUUCAAGCCUCCUAAAUAUUUACAUGGGCCUUUUCUCUUUCCUAAGAAAAAAGGCUAACUUUGGCCACUGUAGUCAGCUUACAGUUUUCACAUACUCCAUGAAAGGUUUCAUAAUUGGAAAUGAAUUUCAUUAAUAUGUCACUGUAAUAAAGUAUGUACCACAUCAGCAUUUUUUUACUCAUUUCUUUCACGAAAAUAUUUCCCCAAAUGCUCAGAAUUUUUUAAUCAUUUUUUUGUGGUAUAUAAUUAAUCAAUUUUAUAUUAAGUCCAUGAAUUAAGGGUUUAAAGACAAUUACUAAUUAAAAUAUUUAAGAAUUUGUACAUGAUUGAGUCUAAAAAAUUUUUUAAAUUAUACCAAAGGCUAAUCAAUGAAAAGCAGUUCCUUUUCUAUUCCUUGAUCCAGUCCCUUAGGCAACCAUUGGUAGUUUAAGUAAUCUUGCAGAGGUAGUGUAUGCACAUGGGCUGUAUUUUUUCCUUUUAAAAACAGAAAUGGUAGCAUAUGAUACUUACUGGUUUGCAUUUUAUUUUUUGCUUAACAUAUCUAGUUUAUAACAACACAGUAUAAAAAAAUAUACAAAAUCUUUUAUGACCUAAUGUGAAAACUUUACAUUUGCCCUUAAAUAUCUACUAGUUUAUUUUUAUAAUUUUUGUGCCUAUACUAUUUGCAAGGAGUAUGUCAAUAGUCUUUACUACUAAUAAAAAGUCAAUUUGGAUGGAA